UCUCCACUCUGUCACAAAAAUGUGUUUUUGGAUUAGCAAGACUGUGUUUUGAGAAAGCGAAGAAACGAACAUUAUAUUGAAGAACAGAAAGCAUGAUUCUGAAAUUAAGCGGUCACUGCCUUUUCAAACUUGGGCUUGUAUUGAUGAAGUAUGUAAUGCUGAAUGGUUUAUAAUUAACAAGUGCGAGAUGUCUCCUUCAUGUGCUUAUUCAUUUUAUUUUGUUAAAUUCUUCGUCAGGAUUCUUCAUUUCAUUUGGGAGAUCGUGAUCGAAAACUUCACCAAUGCCGUAAAAACAAACUCGGGGGUAAGCAUACAUACGUUGUGUGUUUCUUUUUCAUGUGUGGUUUUAUAACCCAGUCUUAAACUAACAGAUGCAUUUUUUUCAUAGAAAACUGCAGCGUUUUACCAAAGACAGUAUGAGGCUCUUGAGGUAAAGCGCGGUAUGGGGACUUGAAUCAUUUAGUUUUUUAAUACGCACUUAAAAUAAGUGGUUAAAUAAGUAACAGAAUGGUAUAAAGCCGUGGUAAUUUGUUUCUGUACCAAGAAAAGCUUAUUCCAUGCUUGCCAAGGUUAAGAACAGUAAGAAGGCUACAGAAUUUCGUUAGAUAUGUUAUAAGGACGCUGAAGGGUACUAAGAUGGAAAAAUUAAUUGACACAGACAGAUGCUUAAGAAAAAAGAUAGGCGAGAAAAGUUUAACACAACGUUUCAAUGUCUCCGGGUCAGUUUUUAUUUUUAUCUUUGCCACUUGAUAAUGAUGUCAUAAGUCAUGAUGUCUUAAGUGUUUAACAAAAUUUAAUUUGGUUCGUAAACAGAUGCUUGCAGUUAAAAUUAAUAAAGUGAAGCAAUCUCUGCUGACAGGAAGCAGCAGACUACGUGAUUUUUUACAAAUAGGCAGUCUCACCAUCUCACUUCAUCUCAUUUCUUAUAACCCAAGCUGUAGUAUAAAAUUCACAACGUUGUGUUCUGUAGUUCAACACAUUGUUUGAACAGAUUUUUGAAACAUUUCCUCGAAGUUCAUCGUGCAUGUUGAUUACUUAUCCACUGGACCCUUUUGAUAACAGUUCUUUUUAUUAGAACUGAUAGGUUAUCCUGUAUAAAUAUUCGCGUUAUUAUUAUUAUUAUUGUACUCCAAAAGAAUAGAUCAGCUGAUGGCCGAUUGUCGUGCUUUGCAGAUAGUACUGAGUUUCUUUCACGCUGAUGGGGCUGGGCUUCCUGUGGAGCGCCUUCAGCUUGGGCUUUAUAGGGUGAGUUCCAAUCAUGGCCUUUUGUCCUUAUGGAGAGAAGUUUUUUCUUGUUGCUUCAGUUUCGUGUUUUCUUGUGGUAUAUGUGUUUUUCAGGAAUGUUUGGUUUUGAUGAAUACAUGUUUAUUUUACUUAAGACAAAAUACGGGCUUAAGACCUGUUGUUCAUAUUGUUGUUGUUCAAAAAGCUCUUGUCCCGGGCGAAAUUGCCGUUACCAUUUUUAUUUACAUGGAGUCAACGUAGUCAUUAGGAAUUGAAAUUUUUUCGUUUCAUUUAUUGAAACUCACUCAUUGGCAAGGUCAAAGUAUAUUUCCAUUGGAGUACUGUAUAACUUGCGAAUAUCUCUCUCAAAUAAAGCAGGAGAUUUCUUCAUCUGAAACUCUGUAGAACUUCUGAGUUCUGUUCUGUUCUGUUCAAGUGGCACAAGUGAAUAGAACUUCGUGUUGACCCAGAUUCAAUUCUGUCGAAUGUAUAAGACUCGUACGUCAAUCAGUGUUCAUUUGCCGAAACUACUGAUAACACGGUUGGUCACAGAGAAAGUUCAUCUUGUUAACCAGACUUAUUCUUAACUUAUGUGUGCUUUAUUACGUUGCACAAAUGUUCUAUAUCAGUUUUCUUAUGUAGUUUUGUUAUUUCCCAUAGACUCUGGUUGAAACCCUCAGCACUCGUAAGCUGUCCACGAUUAAAUUAAUACAGCAUUACUUAGCUGAGAAGUGCAAGGAGCAGGUAUGGAUCGAGUAAAACACACUAACUAACACACUAAAGAAACAGUAAUAAACGUUAUCCUGCAUAAGAAGUUGUUACGGACAAACUACAUUAUAAACAAGACCCCCAUAAUGGGGCUACUAUGGUCUGCAGGCUGCGCGAUACAGAGGCCUAUUUCAUUGUUUAAAUAGUUUCAAGUCUGUUUGCAUUUAUCUUAAAUCACUUUCCCCCUUCCCCAAAAAGUCAAGGAAUCGUACCAUUGCAGGAGGGACGGAACAGGCAAAGCCUUCUUAGUUAUGCGUGUGCCAUUUUGUUUUUUUUGUUUUUUUUAAUUUGACAUACAUGCUACUCAGAACUUUUUUGGGGGGCUUUGCCACAGGCAGCCCAAUAGUAAGAAAAGAAAUAUCUCUGAACGUGUGUCUCGCUUUUUGGUACAAUUCUUUACUGUCCUCCAGAUAGCCAACUAUGUCUUUAACUGAUUUUGUAAACAAUGCGACGUCGUAUAAACAGGACGUGGAUACCUACACUUAUUGUCUUGCUGAAUUCACUUGAGUGAACUGAAAAGAACGCAAAUACUUUCUUUGUCGUCUUAAUGUAUUUUCCCUCUCAGGAAAAAGCCGAAGAAAAGUACGGGGCAGUUACAUUUAAAGUGUUCUUUGAUUUUAAUGAUCAAAAGCUGCAAGUGGAAGGUAGGUUUAUUUGUACUACUCCUGAUAUUAAACAUUUUUUUUUUACAAGUUAUUAGAGGCAGAAAGCCUUUUUUACACUCGCCCGCAGAGUGCGUCUGGUGUAUCAAUUAUAUUUUAUACUGUUAAUUCGUUUAGUUACAUACUAAGGUUCUCUUAACAGUUGUUUUGUUAUCCCGUGUUUUUAUCAGUGCUUUUAUUGCUCAGUAUAAUGACUUUUGAAGAGGCAUAAAGCAGUCAUUGCACUGGUUUACGUAAUUUAAAUUACCAUGUGUUCUGAUCUCUUUUCAGUAUUGAAUGCAAAAAACCUUCCACCUUUAGACACAAAUGGUAGGUGAUACUCAGCUUUGCUGUGCUAUAAAUACUGAUUUGGGAUCUUCUCAGUAAACUCAUUUGACUCUCAUUUACAGUAUCCUAAUUUACAGUCAUUUUGAACGAAGGUACUGUCAGAUUAAACCUCUACUCAACCAACGUUAAAAAAGAUUAAAUCCUGGCUAAACCUGAUAACAGGUUUUACCUACAAGAUACAGCUAUUUCAGUUAACGUUGUCGGAAUUUAAGCCCUCAAGCCCUUCGUGACAAGAUUGAAAACAAGGUCAUAAAUAACGUCGCGGUUGUCAAUGCUAUACUAAUGAUAAAAAACUUCAAAACUGUUUACCUUUGUCGUGCUUCAUAGUUGAGUUGGGAAUUUUGUAUCGAAAUUUUACAAUGGUAAUUUCAAAUAGCUGUAUACAUAUAGACUCUUCUGUUGUGUAAACAGGCCACUGCAGUAUGGUUGUCGUUAAUUGAUUUCCAGGAUUGUGUGACCCGUAUGUGACAUUGAGGCUGUUACCAGAGGAUUUCUUUGGAAAUGAGGUCAAGAAAACGGAGAUAAUCAAAAAUAAUUUGUUCCCCCUAUUUGACGAACAGUUCGAUUUGUAAGUAAUGAUGUUGCCAUUCAGUGUGAAUGUUGCGGACUAGGCUGACUAGGUAGAAAUAUACGUUGAUGACCAACCAUCAAGAUGUCUGGAUAUUGGGUCCAAGGUCCUUUUUGCGUUUUUGAGGUUCAUAAAAGCGCAAAAACACUGAAAGAUAACUACAUCUUGUCUGAACUUGUUUGGUCAAUAAAGGUUUUAGUGUAUGGCCCAUACAAAAUCUGUUCUUGAGGGACAAAGCGGGAAAUCACGACCGUUGAAAAUACAUCUUGCCCUCUCGCGGAACUAGCCUUGGUGCAGUGUCAGAAAGGUCAUCAUACAUUUUAUACCAAAUUGCCGUCAAAUUGUCUUAUUCUUUUGUCCUUUUGAUAAUUGUCUUGAGUGAUAAUCGAUGACCCGUCCAAGGUAACAUUUCUUUCAAUUCGGCAAGUGAAACCGAGGCAAAGAGUUCUAAUGAACAUAAAUAUAACAUAAGAGUAGUGUUGCCGCCAUUUUGUAAUAGGGUGUAUUAAAAUGAUAGUCACGGCCAGUCAGUGUCAGUCACAGUUGAGAUUGAUUUGAAAGACAAAAAAAGAUCCUGUUGUUGCAGUUUGUUACCUAUGUUAAAUAUACCUGCAAAAAUUACAAAAGCAAAUCCUGUGCGUAACCGUUGUUCAACAAUUAUUGUUUUACUUAUUGUUUUUGUCAGUGACGUUGAACCCGAGUUGUUGAAAGAGACUGGUGCCUGCUUACAUUUGACAGUGAUGGACUAUGACGUGUUUUCAAAUGAUGAUAUUGCUGGUCACGCGUACUUCAACUUGAAUAAUAUUCAGGGUUUGCUUGAAGUUGUAACAGGGGGCUUUGGAAGCAUACCUCAAGAAACAUGCAACAUCUUCCACCCAAAACCUGAGGGACAGUACUUUGAAGGUAAAGAAUCACUUUUAAGUAACUUUAUUAUUCAUUCAAAAUAUUUCCCCGACUCUGAUUGGCUAAAAGCACACGCAUAAUUCACCUUAAUCAGCUACUGAUGACCAAAUUUGGAAGAAUUUUGCGAUUAAUGAACCGAUUACGUCAAAAGAACAGCUUCCUUGCCGGUUAAUGCAGCGUUAACCGAGAAGACGUGGGGACGCGGUUGAGUUGUUUUGGUUGUGAAAACAAUAAUGACGGACAUUUCAAUCGUUUCAAGAGUAACAACUAGGCUAAAUAAUAGCUAAAAACAUGGCAAGAACAGCAAGAAGACAACUCGAAGGGCGACAUCUGCUAUUUAGAGAAUAUUUGCGGAGCUGAACAACCCUAAACGUGCACUAUCGAAGAUGAACUUAACAUGGAUGGAGGUAAGCAUGUUUUAGCUACGUUUUUAAACUAGGAAUUAUUUUGAAUGAAUAAUAAAACAAUUAUUGAAUUCGGCUUUCGUAUUAUAUAAAGAAUUAUGGAGAUCUAGGAGGGUGUUAUCCGCGCGAUCUCCAUAAUUCUUUAUAAGAUACUCAGCCUCAUUCAUUAAUUGUUAGUAUUUCUGCUAGUAUUGGCUGAGGGCAGGGUAUAGGAAGGUUGAGGGUACCCUCUCUAAAAGAUGAUCCUUUUUUGGGAUUUCUCUGUUUCGUUAACAUGAGAAAUGAGUGAGUUUUUUGCUUUAUCUUCUUGCUAAGUUAACCAGCUGAAUAGGGCAACUUUUUGAAUGUUCAAGCCAUGCCAAGGCCUGAAGGCCCGGAGGGUAGCUCUGUGAACAGUAAUGUGAAGUUACUCUCACCCGUCUUUUAAACAGUUUUUUGGCCUCGCCUGUUAACAAAUGUCUCGGGUGAAUGUUUUAUGUUUUAUAUUCGAACAGGAUCAAUUCAUACCUAUAGUUUCGAGACUUGAUUGUAAAAUUCAGAGGAUUCUGUAGAUCUGAAACCAGUGAAAUAAGCAACCUAAACGAAUCAUAUACAUGUAGUCUAUGGUUGUCAAUUUUCAAAGGUCAAGGGCAAGAAUGGAAAGAACGUCUAUCGGUUGACAGUCAGCACCGAAAAAUGCUACGUAAUAGACCCAACUGACCGACUAGGUUGAGUACAUUAAAAGAUAUUAGCCCGGUCACUGGCGACCUCGCAAAGUUUUAAACUUCUCGGAGACACUUUGCCUUCAUGUAACGGCGGACUGUCUGUUAAACUUAUCCAUUAGAGUAGGGUUACUCAUCUUUCAUGCAGGCAGCCUACAAUGGAAAUGUCCACUUAACUCAGAUAAGCUACCGUGUCUAUUGCAGUUCUCGAGUCACGUGACGAAGAGCCAGCGCAGCUGUUUGUGAAGGCAGAGAAGGACUUGUACGAGAGGACAAUUAGUGCGCAUGAGUGAGGGGCUGUAGUUAAAAGCUGAGCACAGAUGCUGAGCAGAGUCUUGUAGUUUCCCUGGGGAAAUAGCAAUAGUGUGUCACGCUCUGAUGGAGUAAAUGUAACCAGCCUUUGACGAAGGUUACUUGGGUCUUAAUUGUUUCUAGUUGAUCUAACAGUCUAUGAUGUUACCAAUUUUCGCUAGCGCUUCUUUUAGAAUUUUUGCAACGUUCCUUAUAGUGACCUCUCAGGAAAAAAGAAUUUUGUUAUUGUGUUGUUCCAAAAAAUGUCCAUCCCCCCACGGAGGGCACUUUUGUUUGAGACCCCUCCAACCCCCUGGAAUAGAAAUUCCAGGGGGCGCAUGUGAUACCCCCCGCCCCCCAACCCUUGGAAUUUCCGUAAUUUUACCAACUUGUUUGGGUACCCCGUGGAAACAAUAUUUCCCUCAAAAAUGCCGUUGCACUAUACUUUUAUAAUUGCGUUACAGUGAAUACCACAAUAUGUUGUGAAACAAAGCAACAGAUAGAUCACCAAGUUGACUAAUGAGCCGUCGACAAUCGUGUUACAUAAACUAUCGUGCAAGAAGUGAAAAAAGCACUCAGCCUACCGCAAAUAAAAGAUCAUCGACGAAAACAAUAAUUUUUGCUUUGAAACACCGAUUAACAGUAAAAUAACUGGUAGCUUGCUCAUCAGUCAGUCUUACUCAGAGGCCCUGCCAAAAAUACCUCGAGAGGCCACCCCCAAUCCCUCGGAAAUUGCCUCCUUUUUUCUUUUCUGUUUUCCUCCGUGGGGAAUAUGGAUAUUUUCUGGAACUACACAUUUAAACGUGAAAUGAGAAAUAUAGAAGAAAUGAAAAAACAAAAGGGAAAAAAGCAGUUAAAACUUGAAUGAACUAGGUUUCAGUGAAAUCAGCCCUUGAAUUCCUUCUUUUGAUAAUCAGAAUUUUCAAGCAAUGGGUUUUCCGUUUCUUAAUCCGGACUCAUCACUCCGCGUUGGUCGGCAAACAAGGCCUGGGCGAAAAUGAAAAGAGGAAGUGAUACUCGUUAAGUUUUCUCUCGACUCCAGCCAAGGGCUUGAGGGAGAUUCGACGCUUUCUUGGCCAUUGGCGCCGUUUCAACAGCGGAAAAAGCCCGACUGUUUUUCAAUCGAUAUGGAUACGUCUUUAGAAUUUUUGAUAAAUAGUUACCGGUAAAAAUGUCCUAUCUCGAAAAUGUAAGAAAAAAAAUUUUCCUUGUAAGAAACUUGAGAAUUUUUUUAGUAAACAAAUAACUGCAAAGUUGAAGACCAAUAAGUUUUCUCGUAGCCUGUCGUUUGUACAGCCUGGAGUCUCUGCUAUCAUACUUAACCUCACUUCUAGGCACACUAAUGUGUAGUUUGGUAUAGUACCUGGUCUCUUCCACAAUGGGCUUUUUGGGGGUCGCUAGUGAGACUGGAUCAGUGUUGUAUCGCCGGAAGUGCACCAAAGGACCGCACCAAAGAACGUUUUCAUAAGGACGUGUUCGCUUUCUUGUAUUGGUCAUCUCGAGAUCGCACUGGGAUUGGUCAAAAUUUAUCCAAUGGUGUAAAUCGACAUAAGGCCGACCCAGUCUCCUCACGCGACACUUCAAGACAGUAAAUCUGAUAGGACGUUAUUGUAGUUAGAUGAUAGAAAAUUAGAUAAGUAGAUUCUUUAUUUUUAUACUUGUAAAUGAAUAUAAAUAAAAUAACUAUGACGGUCUUG